CAGGUAACAGAGUUGAAGGAGAAAGGAAAUGAAUGUGUUCGAGCAGGGAAUUAUGCCGAGGCUGUGCUACAUUAUUCUCAUGCAAUCAAGCUGGACAGCUCUUCACCUCAGCUGUACAGCAACCGAUCCUUUGCUUUCCUGAAGCUUCAGCAGUAUUAUUAUGCUCUUGAAGAUGCUAAUGAAUCUAUACGACUUGACCCUACCUGGGCAAAGGGAUAUUUUCGUCGAGGAGAAGUUGAAUUUGCAACUAAUCUCUUUGGUCAUGCCCUAGAGUCUUACCGAAGGGCUUCUCAACUGCAGAAUGACCCCACAUUAUUGGAAUGUGUGCUCAAGGCAAACAGGGAGCUAACUCGACAACAAAAAGUUGACCAGCAGACUCCAUGGGUUGGGGCAGGAAUUGGUUUGAUUCUAGGAGUGCUGGUAGUGGUGGGAGAUGCAGCACUGGCAAAGGAAUCGGUUCUCACACACCCAGUCCUUCAAUCCCUAGUGACCAUUGUGUUCUCCCUCCUGGGCCUUGGGCUGGGCUACUGCUACAGAGCAUACGUGCAGAACACAAGGAAAUCUUUACUAGAACGUCCCCUGGAUUUUAUGGAUAUGGAUGAUGAGGGUGCAAGAAAUGGAGUCACUAAAGAACAAGGGAAUGAAAAAGGACAAGAAGGGGAAGAACGUCGUCACCACCACCCUCGUUACAACAAAGCUCAGGCUCGUCAGCGCUACAAGAAGGGCAAGUCUUAGGCCACAACUAGGCUCUUAAUAGAUCUUUAUACAUUUUUAUGAAUGUAUAGGUUGUUAUGCAGUGAUGGUAGUAUGUUUUUUACACUUUAAGCCUUUGUUACUAUGUCAUUACAGCACUAUAAAGUUUUAUUCACUUGUAGAAAAUGUUAGUAGUGACCAUAUGUAAAGAUAAAUAAUUUGUUAUUGGAUGUUGAGAAAGUAAGUCAAUGAAAACAUGUAAUUCUUACUUUUAUCUUAAAUGAAUACAUUUAAUUAGGCAUGUAUAGGCAACUCCCAUUAUUUGACUACAUUAUUCAACAUUUUGCUUCAGACAUUUCAAAACAUCUACUCUUUCUCAUUGUUUUGCCAUGCAAUCUUCAUUUGUUUCUCUUUUACAAAUCCA